GCCCUGAGGAGUUUCCCAGUUAAGAGCAGUCCCCUAAGAGCCAGAGUUGCCCCUUCCCCGCCCCGGCGAGGACGAGCAUCUCCGACGGCGGAUCUCUCUGCGCUCAGCGGGUGUCGAGGUCCUGGUCUGCAGGCUCGAGGAGGGGCUGCCAUGGAAGAGAAUGUGUUCAGCGUGCAGCAGAUACAGCCCAAUGUCAUCUCGGUGAGGCUCUUCAAGCGCAAGGUGGGCGGCCUCGGCUUCCUGGUGAAGGAGCGCGUCAGCAAACCGCCCGUCAUCAUCUCCGACCUGAUCCGGGGAGGGGCUGCGGAGCAGAGCGGCCUCAUCCAGGCUGGGGACAUCAUCCUGGCCGUCAAUGGCAGGCCCCUGGUGGACAUGAGCUAUGAGACGGCGCUGGAGAUCCUGAGAAGCAUCGCCUCCGAGACCUACGUGGUCCUCAUCCUGCGGGGCCCCGAGGGCUUCACCACUCACCUGGAGACCACCUUCGCGGGCGACGGGACGCCCAAAACCGUCCGUGUCACCAGACCCCUGUGCCCGGCUCCCAGGGCUGUUGACUUGUCCAACCCGAGCCCGCACGGCAAAGAGCAGCCGCAGCCCGAGCGCGCCAUGGGCUCCCUGUGGACCAGAGAGAUGGGGAGGGAGGUGGAGCCGAUGGUCCACGUUAACGGCGUCGUUACCGGCGGCAAAGGGCAGGACGCCGGGAAGGGCAAGGAGGGGGCUUGUGGCCACCCGUGCCUCAACGGCGGCGUGGAGGACAACGAGCUGCUCAAAGAGAUCGAGCCCGUCCUGGAUCUCCUGAAGAGCAGCAGUAAGGGCAGCGAUGGAGAUGCGCCCUCCAAGGUAGAGACAAGGGAUAUAGAAGUCCAGGUGGACUGUUUCAGGGAAGGGGAAAACAAUCCUCAGAAAGCUUUCCCGGCUCGGAUGGAGAACGACCGUGUCCUGGGCGACCUGUGGGGGAAGAGCAACGUGCCCGUGGUCCUGAACAACCCCUACUCCGAAGCAGAGCAGCCCCCUCCGUCCGGGCGUCAGUCCCCGACCAAGAACACGGCCAACGGGAGCCCUUCCAAAUGCCCGCGGUUCGUGAAGAUCAAGAACUGGGAGACGGGCUCUGUGCUCCACGACACCCUGCACCUCAAGACUGCCAUGGCCACCGCCUGCACCGAGCAGAUCUGCAUGGGCUCAGUGAUGACCCCCAGCCCUCACAUCCGCAAGUCAGAGGACACCAGGACAAAGGAGGAGGUGCUCCUGUUGGCCAAGGACUUCAUUGACCAGUACUACUCCUCCAUAAAGAGAUCUGGCUCCAAGGCCCACAUGGAAAGGCUGGAGGAGGUGACCAAGGAGAUUGAAGCCACUGACACCUACCAGCUGCGGGACACCGAGCUCAUCUACGGAGCCAAGCACGCCUGGAGGAACGCAGCCCGCUGCGUGGGCAGGAUCCAGUGGUCCAAGCUGCAGGUGUUUGAUGCCCGGGACUGCACCACAGCCCACGGGAUGUUCAACUACAUCUGCAACCACAUCAAAUACGCCACCAACAAAGGGAACCUCAGGUUUGAGUGGUUCAAGGACCUGGGGCUGAAGUGGUAUGGUCUGCCAGCAGUUUCCAACAUGCUCCUGGAGAUCGGGGGCCUGGAGUUCUCCGCCUGCCCCUUCAGCGGUUGGUACAUGGGCACCGAGAUCGGGGUCCGGGACUACUGCGACAACUCCCGCUACAACAUCCUGGAGCAAGUGGCCAAGAAAAUGAAUCUGGACAUGAGGAAAACCUCCUCGCUGUGGAAGGACCAGGCCCUGGUGGAGAUCAACAUUGCUGUGCUGUACAGCUUCCAGAGCGACAAGGUGACCAUCGUGGAUCACCACUCGGCCACGGAGUCCUUCAUCAAGCACAUGGAGAACGAGUACCGGUGCCGUGGGGGCUGUCCUGCCGACUGGGUGUGGAUUGUCCCGCCCAUGUCUGGCAGCAUCACCCCAGUGUUCCACCAGGAAAUGCUCAACUACCGCCUCACACCCUCCUUUGAGUACCAGCCGGACCCCUGGAACACCCACGUCUGGAAAGGGGUCAAUGGGACUCCCACCAAGAAGAGGGCCAUUGGAUUUAAGAAGUUAGCAAAGGCUGUGAAGUUCUCAGCCAAGCUGAUGGGACAGGCCAUGGCCAAGAGGGUCAAGGCCACCAUCCUGUACGCCACGGAGACGGGGAAGUCCCAGGUCUAUGCAAAAACUCUGUGUGAAAUCUUCAAACACGCUUUCGAUGCCAAGGUGAUGUCCAUGGACGAGUACGACGUCGUGCACCUGGAGCACGAAACCCUGGUCCUGGUGGUCACCAGCACCUUCGGCAACGGGGACCCCCCCGAGAACGGAGAGAAAUUUGGCUGUGCGUUGAUGGAGAUGAAGAAUCCCAACUCCCACCUGGAGGAGAGGAAGAGCUACAAGGUCCGUUUCAACAGCGUCUCCUCUUACUCGGACGCUCGGAAAUCCUCCAGUGAUGGCCCUGAUUCCAGGGACAACUUUGAGAGCACGGGGCCUCUGGCUAACGUCAGGUUCUCUGUGUUUGGGCUGGGCUCACGUGCCUACCCCCACUUCUGCGCCUUCGCCCGGGCCGUGGACACGCUCCUGGAGGAGCUGGGCGGGGAGAGGAUCCUCCGCAUGGGAGAGGGGGACGAGCUCUGCGGCCAGGAGGAGUCCUUCAGGACCUGGGCCAAGAAGGUCUUCAAGGCAGCGUGUGACGUGUUCUGCGUGGGGGACGAUGUCAACAUCGAGAAAGCAAACAACUCCCUCAUCAGCAACGACCGCAGCUGGAAGAGGAGCAAGUUUCGGCUGACCUACGUGGCCGAGGCCCCAGAGCUCACACAGGGACUGUACAGCAUCCACAAAAAACGUGUCUAUGCAGCCCGGCUGAUCACGCGCCAGAACCUGCAGAGCCCCAAGUCCAGGUAGGAAGUGCAGCUCUCCUGGGAGCUGGACACCCUGGAGGUGCACCCAAGCACCAGGCACCGGGGCUGCCAGUACCUGCCCCCGGACACCAUGGGGGUGUUUCCAGGAACCACGAGGACUUGGUCACGCCCUCUGAUCGACAGGCUUGAAGGCCCUCCUGCCAACCAGCUGGUGAAGGUGGAAGCUGCUGGAGAGGAGCACGCGCUCUUAGGUGUCAUCAGCAACUGGACAGACGAGAACCGUGUCCCACCGUGCACCAUCUUCCAGGCUUUUAAGUACUAUUUGGACAUCACCACCCCUCCCACGCCCCUGCUGCUGCAGCAGUUUGCUUUGUUGGCCACCAGUGAGAAGGAGAAGAAACGUCUGCAGGUCCUCAGCAAGGGCCUGCAGGAGUACGAGGAGUGGAAGUGGUCCAAGAACCCCACCAUUGUGGAGGUGCUGGAGGAGUUCCCCUCGGUGCAGAUGCCCUCCACGCUGCUGCUCACACAGCUCCCCCUCCUCCAGCCACGCUACUACUCCAUCAGCUCCUCCCCAGAGCUGUACCCGGGCGAGGUCCAUCUCACCGUGGCCGUGGUCUCCUACCGCACCAGAGAUGGAGAAGGGCCAAUCCACCACGGAGUCUGCUCCUCUUGGCUCAAUCGGAUACAGCCCGAUGAAGUGGUGCCCUGCUUUGUAAGGGGUGCCCCCGGGUUCCACCUGCCCCAGGACCCCCAGGUGCCCUGCAUCCUCAUCGGCCCCGGCACCGGCAUUGCCCCUUUCCGCAGCUUCUGGCAGCAGCGGCUUUUUGAGAUCCAGCACAAAGGGCUGAAGCCUUGUCCCAUGGUCCUGGUGUUUGGCUGCCGGCAGUCCAGGAUCGACCACAUCUACAAGGAGGAGACGCUCUUUGCCAAAGCCCAAGGUGUCUUCAGAGAGCUGUACACAGCCUACUCCCGGGAGCCAGACAAACCAAAGAAAUACGUGCAGGACGUGUUGCAGGAGCAGCUGGCCCAGACGGUGUUCAAAGCGCUGAAGGAGCAGGGAGGCCACAUCUACGUCUGCGGGGAUGUCACCAUGGCCGGGGACGUCCUCAAGACCGUCCAGCGCAUCGUGAGGCAGCAGGGCCAGCUGUCGGUGGAGGAGGCGGGCGCCUUCAUCAGCAAGCUGAGGGAUGACAGCCGGUACCACGAGGAUAUUUUUGGAGUCACCCUGCGUACGUACGAAGUGACGAACCGCCUUCGAUCCGAGUCCAUCGCCUUCAUCGAGGAGAGCAAAAAAGACACGGAUGAGGUUUUCUGCUCCUAACCGGACCCUUCACCCCAAGGGGAUGCCAAACCAGUCCCAGCACCUGCUGCCCCCUCCAGCUGGAGGGCACUGGGUUUUGUAUUUCACGGACACGGUGGCUCCUUUUCCACGGGGAACUGCCCAUGGAAAGCGCUCUGUCUCUCGUCCUGUUGUUGUGUCCUGAUGAUGAUGAUGAUGAUUUUUAUUUCCUU